UGUUUACAACCGUUACGCUCCUGUGUCGUCGACAUUAUUAACUUCAUCCUCAUAACUUGACAUUAAAUCAGGGCUAAAGAUGCAUUUGAACGCCGGAGUUUGCUUGUGCGACGAGCAGCUGUGGCGCAUAUGCGAGGUACAUGAUGAUCUCCAUCUCAAGAGAGGUUUGAUCCUGAUUGGCGACAGUACUGGUCUGUGCCUCCUUUCCUCUCCUCACCGCUCACACCGUCUGCACAGCCAUGACAUCCCUUACCAGGACAUGGACCUGCUCUUUUGUAUGCUGCUUCCUGUCUAGCCUGGCACUCUCUGGGACAUCACAAACAGUGGUGCAAGCCCCACAGGCUCACAGUGCCAGCUCCCAGGUGAUCACAGUGUCCCUUCAGGAGGAGGAGUAUUCAUCAUUUCGUGCUGAGAACCCUGAGUGGACAUUCAACCAUCUGGCGGUGGACUAUCGCAAUGGCAAUGUUUAUUUGGGUGCCGUCAAUCGCAUAUAUAAACUGUCCCCGAGCUUGGAAGUCCAGGUGUCCCACGAGACUGGCCCAGAUGAGGACAACCGCAAGUGCUACCCACCACGUAUCGUCCAGCCAUGCAGUGAGCCACUGACGCUCACCAACAAUGUCAACAAAAUGCUUCUGAUGGACUAUCGGGAGAACAGGCUGCUGGCAUGUGGCAGCCUCUACCAGGGCAUCUGCAAACUCCUCCGUCUUGAUGACCUCUUUAAACUAGGAGAGCCCUUCCACAAGAAGGAGCACUACCUCUCUGGUGUCAAUGAGAGUGGCUCAGUGUUUGGGGUCAUUGUUUCAUACGACAAUGCCUCUCCGGACAUGCUGUUUGUGGCCACAGCAGUGGAUGGUAAGCCAGAGUACUUCCCCACCAUCUCUAGCCGCAAGUUGGCCAGAAACUCAGAGGAGGACGGCAUGUUUGCAUAUGUUUUCCAUGAUGAGUUUGUGGCCUCUAUGAUUAAGAUCCCUUCAGACACCUUCACUGUCAUCCCAGACUUUGACAUAUACUACAUUUAUGGCUUUGCCAGUGGGAACUUUGUCUACUUUCUGACUUUACAGCCUGAAAUGGGGGGUGGUCCGACUACCGGAUCCUCCUCUGCUGGUCGGGAACAGGUCUACACUUCCAAGAUCGUCCGCCUUUGUAAGGCAGACACCGCCUUCAACUCCUAUGUGGAGGUGCCUAUUGGCUGCAUUAGCGGCAACGUGGAGUACCGAUUACUCGAGGCAGCCUACCUGUCCAAAGCUGGUGCUAUUCUGGCACGCUCACUAGAUGUGGCACCAGAUGACGACGUACUGUUUGCCGUCUUCUCAAAAGGCCAGAAGAGACGUCCACGUCAGGCCUCCCAGGACUCUGCGCUGUGUGUUUUCUCCCUGCGGAAGAUCAACGAGAAAAUCAAGGACAGGCUGCAGUCCUGCUACAAGGGCGAGGGCACGCUGGACCUGGCUUGGCUCAAAGUCAAAGAUAUCCCCUGCAGCAGUGCGCUCUUGACGAUUGAUGAUGACUUUUGUGGCCUCGACAUGAACGCACCGCUGGGCGUGUCUGAGAUGGUGCGUGGCAAGCCUCUCUUCUCCGACGCCAAUGACAAAAUGUCCUCCGUCAUCGCCUACGUCUACAAGAACCACUCGCUCGUCUUCGUGGGCACAAAAAGUGGCAAAGUCAAGAAGAUCCGGGUAGACGGCUCCUCUCGUGCUCUGCAGUACGAGACGGUGCAGGCGGUCGACAAUGGGCCCAUCCUCAGAAACAUGGCCUUCUCUUCUGACCACCACUACCUCUACGUCAUGUCUGAGACACAGUUGUCAAGGGUGCCAGUGGAGGCCUGCAGUCAAUACUCAACCUGCAGUGAAUGUCUUGGAUCGGGAGAUCCCCACUGCGGCUGGUGUGUCCUGCACAACAUGUGCGCCAGAAAGGAGAAAUGUGAGCGUUCAUCGGAGCCCCGGCGCUUUGCAUCGGACAUCAAGCAGUGUGUGCGUCUCAGUGUCCACCCAAACAACAUCUCAGUGUCCCAGUUUAGUGUCACGUUGGUGUUGGAAGCCCAUAAUGUCCCAGAACUUUCUGCCGGUGUCAACUGCACCUUUGAGGACCUGGCUGAGAUGAACGGCUUGGUGGAGGGAAACCGAAUCAAGUGCUUUUCACCUGCUGAGAAGGAGAUGCCACGCAUUAUUGUUGAUAAAGGUGACCACCAGAUUGUGCAGCUCUUUCUCAAGUCCAAGGAGACAGGCCUGGCAUUCGCAAAUACCAGCUUUGUUUUCUACAACUGCAGCGUGCACAAGUCGUGUCUGUCAUGUGUGAGUAGUCCCUACCAGUGCCACUGGUGUAAGUACAGACACGAUUGUACCCACGACCCUCGCACAUGCUCCUUCCAGGAGGGACGAGUCAAGAAGCCUGAGGGGUGUCCCCAGUUGCUGCCUGCAGAGAGCAUCCUGGUUCCAGUCAACGUGGUGAAGCCUAUCACACUACGAGCAAAGAACCUCCCCCAGCCCCAGUCUGGCCAGAGGGGGUACGAGUGUCUGCUGACCAUCCAGGGAAACGAGCACCGAGUUCCUGCCCUGCGCUUCAACAGCUCCUCAGUGCAGUGUCAAAACACAUCGUAUUUCUAUGAUGGGAUGGAGAUGAGCAGUCUUCCCGUGGAGCUGACCGUCAUCUGGAACGGAGAUUUCAGCAUUGACAACCCCGCCCACAACAAAGUCCAUCUGUACAAGUGUGACGCCCAGCGUGGAAGCUGUGGUCUAUGUCUGAAGGCAGACCCACUGUUUGGCUGUGUUUGGUGUAAAGGCGAGAACCGCUGCACCCUCAAGCAACACUGCCCCCACCCUGAGAACCAGUGGCUGGAGCACAACGGCAUCAACAGCAAGUGCACCCACCCACGGAUCACACAGAUCACCCCUCUCCGGGGUCCCAGGGAGGGCGGUACGCUCGUGACUAUCCGGGGUGAGAACCUGGGCCUGGAGUUCAAGGAGAUUCAGGGUAACGUGAAGGUGGCCGAAGUGGACUGCACCCCUAUACGUGAGGGCUACAUCCCUGCAGAACAGAUCGUGUGUGAGAUGGGUAAAGCAGAGAAGAGCCAGUAUACUGGGAAUGUGCAGGUCUGUGUCGGGGUUGGAGAAUGCAGUUCGGAAUUCAAGGCAAAAUCCUCCAAGUACUACUACUUUGUGAUCCCAAGGAUUCUCAACCUCAAGCCCAGCAGAGGGCCAGUCUCUGGAGGAACCAUCGUCAACAUCACCGGUAGCCACCUUGAUGCUGGGAGCAACGUGUCCAUCAUGUUUAAGGAUCAGCCAUGCACUUAUCUCAGGAGGGGUGGCCAGUGGCUCACCUGCCGAACCCACGCUUCCCUGAAUGGCUAUGGAAAUGUGUCUGUGUCUGUGAACAUAGACAAGGCUCAUCUCCAGAAAGACCUGCGAUUUGAGUAUGUGGAGGAUCCCACCAUCACCAAGAUAGAGCCUGAGUGGAGCAUCUACAGUGGACACACCCCAGUGACAGUGACAGGAACUAAUCUGGACAUCAUUCAGACUCCUCUCAUCAGAGCCAAAUACAAUGGCCAUGAGACACUCAAUUUGUGCCAGGUGCUCACUCCUACAUCGAUGCUGUGUCAAGCCCCGGAGCUGCCCAUCAGCUUGGCUCGACAGCAAGAGGUCCCUGAGCGACCCGAUGAAUUUGGCUUUAAACUGGACGAUGUGCAGGCUCUGAUGGCACUCAACACCACCAAUUUUAUCUACUACCCAAAUCCUGAAUUUGAACCUCUAAGUGUGUCAGGGGUGCUGGAGCUUAAACCUGGAUCACCUAUCAUACUGAAGGGGCGGAACUUCCUUCCACCGACCAAUAGUGGAAAUGGAAAGCUGAACUACACCGUUCUAAUUGGGGAGAAGCCCUGCAUGUUGACAGUGUCAGAGACUCAGCUGCUCUGUGAGUCCCCCAACCUGACGGGUCGACACAAGGUCCUGGCACGUGUGGGUGGUAUCGAGUUUUCCCCAGGUGUGGUCCUCAUCACAUCCGACAGCCCGCUCAGCAGCACUGCAAUCAUUGGCAUUGCUGCAGCCGGAGCCCUGCUCAUCCUCUUCAUCGUGGUGGUGCUCAUCGCCUACAAGCGCAAGUCUCGUGAGAGUGACCUGACCUUGAAGAGGCUGCAGAUGCAGAUGGACAACCUUGAGUCACGUGUGGCCCUGGAGUGCAAAGAGGCAUUUGCAGAGCUCCAGACAGACAUCCAUGAGCUGACCAGUGAUCUGGAUGGUGCAGGAAUCCCCUUCUUGGACUACAGGACCUACACCAUGAGGGUCCUCUUCCCCGGCAUAGAGGAGCAUCCUGUACUGAGAGACCUGGAGGUGCCUGGCUACCGCCAAGAGCAAGUGGAGAAGGGACUGAAGCUCUUCGGCCAGCUCAUCAACAACAAGGUCUACCUGCUGUGUUUCAUCCGCACACUGGAGGCCCAGCGUGGUUUCUCCAUGAGGGACCGAGGCAAUGUGGCCUCACUCAUCAUGACAGUGCUGCAGAGCAAGUUGGAGUAUGCCACUGAUGUCCUAAAGCACCUGCUGUCCGACCUCAUAGACCGCAACCUUGAGAGCAAGAACCACCCCAAGCUGCUGCUCCGCAGGACUGAGUCUGUUGCAGAGAAAAUGCUGACCAACUGGUUUACGUUCCUCCUCUACAAGUUUCUAAAGGAGUGUGCAGGCGAGCCUCUCUUCUCCCUCUUUUGUGCCAUCAAGCAGCAGAUGGAAAAAGGCCCCAUUGACUCCAUCACAGGAGAAGCGCGCUACUCGCUCAGCGAGGACAAGCUCAUCAGACAGCAGAUUGACUACAAGACGCUGGUGGUGAACUGCAUCCAUCCAGAGAAUGAGAAGAGCCCAGAGAUCCAGGUGAAGGUGCUGAACUGUGACACCAUCAGCCAGGUGAAGGAGAAGAUCCUGGAUGCCAUCUAUAAGAACGUCCCACACUCACACCGCCUAAAAGCCUCUGACAUGGACCUGGAAUGGCGCCAGGGUAGAGGACAGCGCAUGAUCCUGCAGGAUGAGGAUGUCACCACUAAGAUUGAGGGUGACUGGAAGAGACUGAACAUGUUGGCCCAUUAUCAGGUGCCUGAUAAUGCAGUAAUGGCAUUGGUUCCCAAGCAAGUUACCGCCUAUAAUUCAGUAAACAACUCCACUGUAUCUCGAACUUCUGCCAGUAAAUAUGAGAACAUGAUCAAGUACACUGGAAGCCCCGACAGCCUGCGCUCCCGCACUCCCAUGAUCACCCCUGACCUGGAGAGCGGGGUCAAGGUUUGGCAUCUGGUGAAGAACCACGAGCAUGGAGACCAGAAGGAGGGCGACCGCGGCAGCAAGAUGGUCUCCGAGAUCUACCUGACACGACUUCUGGCUACCAAGGGUACAUUACAAAAGUUUGUGGAUGACCUGUUUGAGACCAUCUUCAGUACGGCCCAUCGAGGCAGUGCCCUGCCACUGGCCAUCAAAUACAUGUUUGACUUCCUGGACGAGCAGGCGGACAAACACAACAUCCAUGACCCACAUGUUCGACACACAUGGAAGAGCAACUGCCUACCUCUGCGUUUCUGGGUGAAUGUGAUCAAGAACCCCCAGUUUGUGUUUGACAUCCACAAGAGCAGCAUCACAGACGCCUGUUUGUCUGUGGUGGCACAGACCUUCAUGGACUCCUGCUCCACCUCAGAACACCGCCUUGGGAAGGACUCGCCCUCCAACAAGCUGCUUUAUGCCAAGGACAUCCCCAGCUACAAGAGCUGGGUGGAGAGGUACUACUCCGACAUUAGUAAGAUGCAAGCGAUCAGCGACCAGGACAUGAAUGCCUACUUGGCAGAACAGUCACGGAUGCACAUGAAUGAGUUCAACACCAUGAGCUCUCUCAGUGAGAUUUACUCCUACGUUGGCAAAUACACUGAGGAGAUUGUGUGUUCGCUGGAGCAGGAUGAUGCAGCCAGGAAACAGAGGUUGGCUUUCAAGCUGGAGCAGGUGGUGGCCUUCAUGAGUCUGGAGAGCUGAGGACCGCACUUCCCAGGGCGCACUGGGAAGAGACCCCAUCAGAAACCGAGCCGUGCCUGAGCGAAGACCUGUCCCCAUCUUUUCAUCAUGUGACUUCCUCCCUCCGCCUUUUAAAGAUGACUUCUUCCUCAACCUUUUUUCUGCUUCCUCUUCCCCAAGAAAUAUUUUGAUUUCCUCAUCCACUCUGCUGCAUAGACUAGUUUACCUGAAUACAUCUGAAGGGUGGUCCGGGGCUGAGGUUGGCAUCUCCCACAGUGCAAUGCGGGGGACCCCUCAGCUUCACCACAGGGAGAGCGCCAAGGGGGGAUUUCUUGAAAGCUGGCCAUAUUGGCAAACUUCAGUCCCCCUGCUGGAAGAAAUACGGGGAAAAACAUUUUUAUGUUGCCUUUAAGAAUUUACACUGAUAGGUAAUUCUUCAGAAACCACACUGCUGGUCCAUUUUGUUGAGAACUUUUUUUCAAAAUAGGACAGUAAAAACAAAACCAUCUGUAGAGUCCAGUUUAUUGUAGUUCUAUAUUCAAUAUACAGAAUCAAGAGGAAACAUCAAAAAUGAUGACUGCAAGCCAAAUGAACACCUCUGAAGAAAAUUAAUGCAAGGGUGGUUUGCCAAGUUUACACUGUACCUACAAACAAAGCAUACAUAUCUGUGAAAUUUGGGGCAAGUCCAGGCAAACCUAGAAUGUUCUUGUGUUCUUACAAUGUAGCUGGAGAUGUAUUUAAGAGUAAGACUGAUGGGGGUGGGGAAGGAUUAGUGCUUCUCUGAACUGUUCCUUUAUUGACACAAAAACUUUACAAACCAGAGCAUCUCCAACCUGUACCCCUUUGCAACAUUCGCACAUUUUUCCCUGUCAGCAUACAUUUACUUGAAAGAAAAUGCUCAUGAUUUCUGCUUCCAUCUGGCUUAUGUGGCUACAGCAAAAAUUGACCUAUUAGACAAAACCCUAGAGGCCCUGACCCAAGUUGGAUCCUCUGAAAGAAGCACACAACCACCUCUGGAAGACAGUGUUUUGACUGCUCAUCCCAACACCAGGAGCAGUCCGUGGCUCGUGCCACCUCCAAAUUUUGUGUCGCAACUGCGACGGUCUAUCAAAAGCACACACACACGCGCACAGAUACACACACAAUCAGCAGCUGCCCAGAUAUCUACGCCAACCAUUGAGGAGGUAAAGAGAAGAGCUGACUGACGUGUGCUGGGCAAGAAACUGCUUGAUCAUUAAAAAGAAGAAGAAUGGUUCAGUACAGUGAAGUCAGAGACGGCUGACUGCUACCUAAAGGGGCUCUGCUGAGAGAGUAGCACUUCUUUCCCAGGAUGUUCUUAUUAAAGACUUUUGUGUGGAGAACUCAAACAAGCUGGAUUUCAUCAGUCAGCCAAAAACCAAAGGAGCUUGAAAUUUUCAAAACGGUCGCUGUAUUUGUAAAGUGCCACUGAGGAACUGACGAAAAAAAAGGACAAUGUAAAAGACGACCACUUCUAGGACAAAAAAAAUAUUGUGACUGGAGUUUAAAGAAACCCGUGUGAUUUUUCUGACCUCAGUGUGUCGAGGUGAGAGGCUCUGUGGGUGAGGUGAUCUGAUCCUCCUUUCUCUUUCCAUCGUCCCGGGUCUCUCCAGCUCUCGGCACACCGCUCACCUUUGUGUCCGGCUCCCGACUCAACAGUUCCCUUUUCUGUUUUGCACAAGCGUUGGAGAUGGUAGCUAGUUGCAUACGGCAAAACCCCAACUCUUCAGUAUGUAACUGAUGAGGCGCUCUUGUCUGUAUUAGUGUAGUUGUCCUCAGUGGCGGCAGGGGGCGGCCUUCUCCAAGCCUCAAAAAAAGAAAAAAAAAUCUGAUAAAGCAGAGCAGGAACAGAACAAAAAGUGAGCAUCGCGGCAGGAUAAACAGAAAAUGAUAGACAUUGAAGUUGGUAAGACUUGUUGGAUGUGAACCCCCACUGUGGGAGAGAGCGAUAGAAAGAGAGAUGACGGAGGCGCCCUCCUUACCUUUUGACCUCUGCCCUUUCUUUUGCCUUGACAACGUACCCCAUGUGGUGAUGUGAAUGUGUGAAGACCGCCCUAGGUCCACCUUGGGUCCUUUAUUGGCUUUUUAAGCGCAUGUAAAACAUAAACAAUUUAAGAAACUUAUAAAAAAAAAAGAAAAAUAAGAAAAUUAAGCCUUGCAAUGAUGAUGUGGAUGUGUUCUUUUAUCUUUCUUUUGCUUGGAAGAAUCGAGAUGGAAAAAGUGGAUUGUUCAUGUAAUAAAAACUAUAACUUUCG